GAACUGUUGAAGAUGUUUACAGAUUCAGACUCCUUCUACUACAGUGAAACCUUUGAUCUGACCACCAGUUUGCAGCGACAACACGGAAAGGAGUACCAGUCAAACAAACACCUCCCUCUCUGGCAGCAGGUGGAUCCAAGGUUUUUCUGGAACAGGCACAUGCUCAGUGAUCUGAUUAAUGUUGAGGGGGAUCCAGAGGUAGAGAAGCUGUACACCCACUGGAUCGUCCCAGUAAUCCAGGGCUACGUACAGAUGGAGAACUGUGUCCUGGAUUUUACCCCGUCCUCCACUUCCUCUCUAGAUCUCAGUCCAGAUUACGGAAACUCCAAACAUCUGGACCCGCUGGAAUAUCAACUCGGAAUUAUCUCCAGGAGGAGCAUACAUAGGGCCGGUACAAGAACGAAGAUGAGGGGGUUGGAUGAAACAGGAGCAUGUGCUAAUUAUGUGGAAACAGAACAG